CCCUUCAGAUAAGAAACAUUCAUGUGUUCAAUAAAUGUAUCUUUUUGUGAUAAAUACUGAAGAAAUAUUAUGGUUAAAAAUAAGUAUUUAUUGAGAGUAACGAUAAACGAAAAUUGGAAUACGUAAUACUUUAUCGAUAAUUUUCGCAAAUCAGUUUUUCUUUGAACAUUAAACCUCUAUUAAAAUUUAAGAAAAAAAUGAAGAAUUAUUGCCAUUAAGUGAAACUUAAGUAAUAUUAUAUGUAUAAUAAUUCAAAUAUUUUGUAGUUUUUGCAAAAUAAUUAUUAGUGAAAUAGUCAAUAAGUACUUUAAAUUUUGUUUAAAAAACCAUCGAUGAAAUAAUAAUAAUAAUGAUGAUACAGACAGCCUGUCGAUUGAUGAUUGAGUUUAAGACGGGAAUACAACAUCAUUAAUUUAAACAUGCAAAGUAGCGGAAGCUCAGAGUACUUGCUUGACCAACAAGCAGAAGAGUUAAGAAAACGAAAAUUACAAGAAUUAUCAACGACGAAGAAAAAACCUAUAUUACAACCCAAGCGUACAUUUCGUGAAGCAUUUCGAUUUUAUUCCACCUCUCUCUUGGCAUUUCUCUCUGUAACUGGUGGAUCCUCAUUAUUAUUCUUAGUGCCACUUUAUGUAGAUCCAGCUAUUUCUACAUUAGCCAGUAAUUUUGUAGUAGAGCCUACAAUUUGUGUUACACAACGACGAGAAGAUUUAACUGGUCUUUUUAACUGUUCUUGGUCAAGUUGUCGUGAAGGAUGCACAUCAGAUGUUUUCAAAUGUAGUCACAUCUAUGUAGCAUUCAUAGAAAACUUUACAUUUCCUGCAAAUUUAAAGCCACUAGAGCUAGUGAAUCUAACUGAUUCAAUGACUUUAUAUUCAGAAGAUUCUGUACUAUUGGUCAAUAUAAAAGGAUGUGGCUACCCACCAAAAGUUAAAUGCGACCCAUUUAUUGAUCUUUAUGGUCAUGAAGGUACUAUAUUUCCUUGUUACUAUUCUCAAGUGAAUAAAACCGUGGUACUCACGCAUUAUAGUCGAGAUGAUCAAAUUCAGACGAUAAUCAACUUUUUCCUCAUUCCAUUUAUUGUCACGGUCUUAGCAUCUGUGGGACUUUGUUGUAUUCAUUGUGAUUGCAGAUGUAAGAAGGAAAGAGUAAAAAAACGUCGUAAACCUCGUUAUCGCCAGCCAAGAUUAGAAAAUGUCAGUGACUCAUCUAUAUCUACAAGAAUUGAUUUGUUGACAGCAGCUAUAGAAGUAUACAAAUCUCCACCAAUACUUUGACACGAGGUACUAGAAAAGGAAGAAACUGUAGACAGUCAUCUAGGCGAUAUUUCUAGCAGUGAUCUGUGACAAAAUAUAUAAUUAUUAUUUUUUUUUUAAAUUAAAAAUUACUUUACUUUCCAUGAUUUACCACAAUUGAUUUAUUGAAUAACUUGAUAGCCUAAUUAAAAGUUUAAUUAAUAAAUAUAUGUGUAUUCUAUAUCAAACAAAUAGAUGAAUUUCCUUUCUCCAUUUAGACAAGUUUCUAUUCGGUGGAUCAUCAAAAUAUAUUGAAUUUAGUUACCUAACAUUUGUUUGUGAAAUUCUUUUAAAUAAAUUGCGUUACAUAAAUAAUAAUUGCGUGAUUAAUAGCUUACGUGAUAGCUUAAAACUGUUUUUAUUUAUAAUAUGUAUUUAAAAAGCUAAUAGUAUAAAAAAAUAAAAUAAUAAAAAAGGGAAUUGAAUGAGUUUGACAUAACAAGUAGGAAUGAUCGAUU